AUGUCGGACGCCUACUACUGCUCCGAAGACGACGAACGUCGCGUUGGACUUAGACGGGUUUCGAAGUUUAACAGCCACAGCCUACUCAUUCAGCAAGCAGAGUUGCUCCACCUGGAGCGCAAGUUUCAGAGUUAUGCGAUUGUCGACCGGAAUCGCGGCUUGGACUAUGAUACCGAUAUCGGCAAUCUCAUUCUCGCUGGUAGAAGGGGCGUGAUGGACACUGCUCUCAUGACCCAAAUCAAGCUACACCAGGUAUCGGGACCAAGGCAGCAUAGCAUCAACCUCUUGCAGGACUGGCUAGCCCGCAAAAAAGGAGGCAACAACUUCCUUUCCGGCGUUGAGAAUACACCUUGGCGUGAAGAAGAGCAGAGAGACUUGGUGUCGUUCUCGAAUAGCACUUUCGAUGUGCUUACCAGCUUGGUCGCAGAGAAAGUGGUUCCAGGCCUGGUCGCUUGUGGCCUUCUGACAAAGAAUCCUAUGCCUGGCCAGGAGGAGCUCGGCCUUCGUGAGUGGUCGGCGACAUCGUAUCAUCGAGCGUCUCGAGCUUUCGUGGUAAUAAUAGCCACUCUGAUGCCUUCUAUGGCCACUCUAGUGCUGUAUUUUGUACCAAGUAUGAUCGCUCGCAUUCUCACAGCGAUGCUACUUUCAUCUGUCUUCUCUGCCUCGAUGGCGCUAUCGACCAAGGCGAAGCACGCCGAGAUCUUCUCGGUAACAGCAGCAUUUGCAGCGGUACAAGUGGUCUUCAUCGGAAGCACCAGCCUGAGCUAA